CAAUCGCGACUCGGCGUUCCAGGAGCUUUCUCAGGUUUCUGCUGAUCUGGCAGCGCCCAGAAAUGGACCGGGCGGACCCGGGGCCGCAGGCUGCUGGCCCUGCUCGCCGCUCCUGACGCUCUGGGCCGCCCAGUGUCGCCAGAUCCCAGGCGUGUGCGCGCUCUCUGCGGGGCGCGGGCAGAGCUAUGUAGACGCGGCUCCUGCUCUCCCGCAGCUCAGGGAUCUCACCCAGGGCCCCCAGCGUGGCUGGAGGGCCGAGGGCGCCACGUUCGUCCUUCUCCCCCUCGCCCCGCCGGCUGCUUCUCAGCCCCGCAACCUUCCAGCUCCUAGCACCCGAGAGGCGGAGGCGGGUGACGAUGCGGGCCAGGCAGGGACAUUGUGGCCUCCGCCUUUGCGGGUCCAAAGAGCUACUGUCCGACUGAAGGUGUAGAGGACGAGGGCGCCGGCGGAGAGGGGGCCCGGCACCCCUGGAUGCGGUGCACCCCGGCUCUGCACCGCUACCUGCCGCAUCCUAGCCCCGGCUCUCCGCCGACUCCGCACCCCUCCCACCCCUGCGGCCAGCGUCCAUCGAUCGCCCCAGUGGGAGCUUAGAAGGCGGCAGGCGAAGAGGGGUAGGAGGGGGGAGCGCCGAGGAGAAGCGGAGGGGGUGGCAGGAGAGGGGUUCAGCUGAGCGGGCUCGGCCCCGGGUCCGAGGAGGGCUCGCGGAGGGGAGGGGCACCAGGGUGACCCUCGGAAGUCAUGGCCUGGUCGGCUAGAACAGCACUGCGUUAAAGCACCUUGGAGCAGGCAGCAGCAUCCCCACCCCAUUCCACACCCCCCUCUACCCCAAGCUGCACCCGGGGGGAGUCGGAACUGAGCGCCGGGCGGGGUGGAGGGGCAGGUGCGCCGCCCAGCGGCAGGUGCACCACCUCCCGGGCUGCGAGGCCCCGCCCCCUGAGAGUGGGGGAGCCGCGCUCUGCGGUGGGGAGGCACCUGGGGUACUCCGCGCCCCGGGCCCCCUGCCGGCACCAUGACCGUGAUGUCUGGGGAGAACGUGGACGAAGCCUCAGCCGCGCCGGGCCAUCCCCAGGAGGGCAGCUCCCCGCGGCCGGCCGAGCACGAUGACCACGAGUGCUGUGAGCGCGUGGUCAUCAACAUCUCGGGGCUGCGCUUCGAGACGCAGCUCAAGACCCUGGCGCAGUUCCCCAACACGCUGCUGGGGAACCCCAAGAAACGCAUGCGCUACUUUGACCCCCUCCGCAACGAGUACUUCUUCGACCGCAACCGGCCCAGCUUCGACGCCAUCCUGUACUACUACCAGUCGGGGGGCCGGCUGCGCAGGCCGGUCAACGUGCCCCUGGACAUGUUCUCGGAGGAGAUCAAGUUCUAUGAGCUGGGCGAGGAGGCCAUGGAGAAGUUCCGGGAGGACGAGGGCUUCAUUAAGGAGGAGGAGCGCCCCCUGCCGGAGAAGGAGUACCAGCGCCAGGUGUGGCUGCUCUUCGAGUACCCCGAGAGCUCAGGGCCCGCCAGGGUCAUCGCCAUCGUGUCUGUUAUGGUCAUCCUUAUCUCCAUCGUCAUCUUCUGCCUGGAGACGCUGCCAGAGUUGAAGGACGACAAGGAUUUCACGGGCACCCUGCAUCGCAUCGACAACACCACGGUGGUCUACACAUCCAACAUCUUCACUGACCCCUUCUUCAUCGUGGAGACGCUGUGUAUUAUCUGGUUCUCCUUUGAGCUGGUGGUGCGCUUCUUCGCCUGCCCCAGCAAGACGGACUUCUUCAAGAACAUCAUGAACUUCAUCGACAUAGUGGCCAUCAUCCCCUACUUCAUCACCCUGGGCACGGAGAUAGCCGAGCAGGAAGGGAACCAGAAGGGUGAGCAGGCCACCUCGCUGGCCAUCCUCAGGGUCAUCCGAUUGGACUGCAUUUCACAAGAUGAAAAAAAAAAGAUUAUGUAAGACUUAUUCAAGAAGUACCUUAGACAUCUGACAUUGGCCUGUAGGGCUUUUGCUUCUCCCCCAUUCCUCCUCUUCUCCAAUCUAUUCCCUAGGAAAAACCUAACUGAGUUAAAUGUAUUGGUUUAUCUGCAGUGCUGCUAAAUUUCCCAACUGUAGAUGAGUGGAAACACAGGUCUUAUCCUGCACCCUGACCUCUGACUCCUGACCUCCAGAACUGGAUGUCAAACUUUAGUCUCCUUAUUGUGAGAGAGCACACAUGAAGUUCAAUGUAAGCAUGUUUGAAUUUGAUACCAUUUAUUUUAUAAGCGCAUGCUGAGAACAGUUAACUCAGACAAUAAGGAAUAAGCUUACUCUGGAAUCCACUCUUCUAAAUAGGUCCUUUUUUUUCAUUUGCAUUCACCAAAAGUGCACUCCUUCAUUUACUGACUAUUUUAUUAGUAAAUAAAGUACUGUAUUUAAGUGCAUCUGCUAGUCAGACGGGAACAGUCACUUUUUGGAAGCAUGUUCUCUUAUCCAGCAUUAUGGCCUAUUUGAUUAAGGUGUACCUUGAAUUAAUUAGUGCAUGAUUUUAAUUAAAAAACUUAAAGAAAAUAAUAAAAAUUACAAGUCUGUGGGAUGAAGAGCCCAAAAGAAAUUGUGGGGGUGGGGGGUGGGGUAGGGGGGAAUUCAGUCAAUUUUCCUGCCGUUGCUCAGGGAAAUAUCAGGCUUUUGUGCAGGUGUAAACAGAGAGAGGACCAAGAUGCCCAUCACUUCAAGGGCAGCUAUGCGGACAACUCAAUAAGGUAUAUAUAGUAACACCUAAGAACAAACAUUAUUUCUAGGUGAAGACAAACACAAGCAAAACAAAACAAACAAACAAAAAGGUGCAAUACUGCAUGUCUCUGGUGCAUUCUUAGGGUGUAAAUGAAAAAUGCUAAUCUAUGUAUGCAUCGAAAGCAGAGCUGAAUUUCUUUUCCCCACCCCUGCAGUCACAGUUCGAGGUCUGUAGAGACUUCAACCCUCUCUCCCCCUUAAGGCUCCCUGAAGAAACUCAACCCAUUGAUUUAAUAGUUGCUUAGUGCCUUUAACCUGUACCCACAGUGAGUUGUAGAAAGUGCCUCCAUUAACACAGCUGAGAAGUUAACAAAAGGGAGGAGGGGUUGGGGCACAGAUCUUUUUCUUUUCUUUUCUCCCCCACCCCCCUCACUGUCUUGCUUCACCACUGUGAGAAGAUCAUGCUAUCCCAAAGCCUUGAGAUGAGAGAACUCCCUCACCAGUCACUGGACAUGGCCCCUGGGGCAGCCUGAUGAAGCGUGUUCACUGGGGCCCAAGACCCAUGAGCAGUGAAUUCUUUCAUGUCCUCUUCUCCAUUUGAAGUCCAUGAACUUUUGGGGAACCAAUUUCCCAUGGAGGGUCACUCUGGACAUACAAGGCUUCUUCAGUCCAGUGUUGUUUGUGCUUCUUGUACGUUUCCUAGUCCUCCUCUGUUGGCGACAGCAUUUUGCAAAUGUCUUGACCGUCUUGACUUUUCAGCCAUCCUGGUGAACAUGGGCACACUCACUUCAUAACAACCUUUUUAGGCCUUUCUGCCCAGUCACCUCCACAGAUGUUUCCUGUCAUCUCCUGUCACCUUCCUGCCUGGCAGUCACUCGUCAGACUCAGCAUCUAACUUUGGUUGCCUCUCCCCAGUGCCCAGCCCAGUGAAAAGUGGGGACCCUGUGCCCAGCGGAGAGAGAGCCAUAUAACAGACUUCCUGGGCCCAGCAGUUUUUCACAGACAGGAAGGCACCUGAAGCAUUUCUAAGGACACCGAGGUGUUGGGCACCUUCAUUCCACAUGUGCAUGUGGCCACCCACUGCUCACCAUCAUACAGCCUGCCCUGCCUCUUCUGGAAUCUUCUUCCUUCCUCCCCUUUGCCCACUUCAUCCUAGCACCAAGGCCAUAAAAUCAAGAAACUUGAAUUACACCCAGGCUGGCUGACUUAUUUGAAAGGAAGAACUUGAAUACUUUAUUUUCCUGUGUGACUUCUGCAAAUAUAUAAAGACAAACAUAGCACACGGCAGGAAAGACCAGGGUCCAAGAACUUCUCGGCAUCUGACAGCAGAGGAUUCAGCCCUCUCCUGUGAUUUUUUCCUCUAGGUGAACCUUAAACCUUGAACCAUGAAUCCUUCUGACUAUUCUUCUCAGACCUGAUAAUAAGUCCCCAGUUGGGGGGGGAAAUGCCAUCCUCUUAAAUCUCCAGGGAGUAGCUUGAUCUUUCAUUUCAACUUUGAGGUCUAGGACACACAGAACUUGAAAGCUGAGCUCAGUCAACAGCAAUAAUCCACUCAGUACUGUGGGAUGAAUGGGUUUGAGAAAGAGGAAGUGGGACCAAGACUGUUAUGACUGACUUUGGUAGAGCUCUUGGGCUUGUAUGUGGGACUGGCUUGAUUCUUCUGCAUGUGUUAGCAGAAAAAAAAAAUAAUAAUAACAUUGCUGCAUGAGGUGAAUCUGCUAGCCUGGGAGUGGGGAUGAGUUGUUACAAAUGUGGGCAGCAAGGAGGGAAAAUAACAUUGCUUACCCAUCUAAAGCUCACUGCAGCUGAGUUGGUAAGAAUGGCAUCUGGGCUUAUCUGUGUAGCUAUAGGCAUGCAAAAUUUGACAAAACUCUCAGCUCCUUGUACUGGAUUGUGCUGAAAUGUCUUUGUAGACCUGAAGGUGCACUUAAACAAAAACUGCCAAUUACAGGAUGUCAAUCUUCUUGGUUUAUUUGCCUAUCUUUCUCUUAUUAGGUGUUUUCUUUCCUUUCUUUUUCUUUUUUUCCCCUUUCCAUCCCCUUUCUGGAUCUUGAGCUUUUGCAGCUCACAUCCUGAGAAUUCGUUUUCUCCAGAAGGAGGAGACUUCUGCCAUGCUGAUAGCCAUAGCUCAGCUCUUCCACUGUGCUGAGACCCUAGUUCAAUAGGGUGGCCAUGGAAGGGUUGGGUCACACCAGGGCUGUUAGCCAUCCCAGAAUCUCUGCUGUGGUUAACUCACCUCAUGUGAUCUGAAUUAGACCAAAGACAUCAAUUCCCUCUGUCCUCAGAUUCAUAGAAGGCUGCUUGGAGCCAGGAAAGGUUUUGUUUUUUGCAUCUACUCUUUCUCACCUGUGCAUAAUCUUAUCUUACCUGCCUUUGAGAGGUGAGCUCUGCUUAUCAGUUGAGACAGUUUACUGGUAGUGUUUUAGGGAGUUAACCUCCUGACAUCAAGGACAGCCUCCAGCACAUUCUUCUUCUGGAAUAUGGCUGGUGGGUGGCUACGUCUCUGGUAGACUCAGGUGCCAUUCUGGUGGAACUGAAAUGAAGCAGUGGCAUACUAAUCUUGAGAAGUAGACUUCUUUAGGUAGAAAUUUGGUUCAGGCAGAAAGGA